AUGAAUGUUCAAGAAUUAGUUUUAAAAUUAAAUGAUAUCGAUGCAGUUAAAUUAGGUGAAUUCAAAUUAAAGAGUGGUAUCAUCUCACCAAUUUAUAUCGAUCUUAGAGUUACAGUAUCAUCACCACAAUUACUCGCAUCAAUUGCAGAGAUGAUGUACCAAAAAGUAUAUUGCAGCGGAACAGCACAAGGCAAACCAUCAUUAGUUUGUGGUGUACCAUACACUGCCUUACCAAUUGCUACUGGUAUGUCAAUUGCCCACGAUAUUCCAAUGGUUGUUCGUAGAAAGGAAGCCAAAGCUUAUGGUACUAAGCAAUUAAUUGAAGGUCGUUUCAAAGAAGGUGAUAAUGUUUUAGUUGUCGAAGAUCUUGUUACUAGUGGUGCCUCAGUACUUGAAACCGUCAGAGAUUUAAAUUCAGUCGGCUUAACUGUUACUGAUGUCGUCGUUUUAUUAGAUCGUCAACAAGGUGCAAGAGAAACCCUCGAAAAGAACGGUCUUCGUCUCCACUCUGUUUUCACAAUGGAAGAAUUAAUCAAUACACUCAUUGAAAGCGGUAAAUUAGCUGGUAAAACUUUAGAUUUAGUCAAAGCUUUCUUAGAAGCCAAUCGUAAUGUUACCGUUCCAGCCCCAGCACCAGCACCAGUUGUAGUUGCUUCAAAUAAAAGAUUCGAAGAAAGAGCCAAAAUUGCUGUUAACCCAAUGGCUACCAAACUCUUUAAUCUCAUGGCUUCAAAAAAAACCAAUCUUGCUGUUGCCGCCGAUUUAACAAAUAAACAAGAAAUUUUAAAUUUAGCAGAAUCAAUUGGUUCCGAAAUUUGCGUACUUAAAACUCAUAUCGAUAUCAUUGAAGACUAUGACCAAACAUUCAUCAGUGCUCUUGAAGCUAUUGCCUCAAAACACAACUUUUUAAUUUUUGAAGAUCGUAAAUUUGCCGAUAUCGGUAAUACUGUUAAAUAUCAAUUUGAAAAUGGUGUUUACCAAAUUUCAAAAUGGGCUCAUAUGGUCACUGUUCAUGGUGUUGCUGGUUCAGCCAUCAUUGAAGGUUUCAAAGACGGUUUAAAACAAAAUGGUUCAGGUUUAUUAUUAUUAGCUCAAAUGUCAUCAAAGGGUUCAAUGUGUGUUGGCGAAUAUACUAAUCAAAUGAUCGAAAUGGCAAACAAUAAUAAAGAACAAGUUAUGGGUUUAAUUUGCCAAGAAAGAUUACAAUCAAUGACUGAUAAUUUAGUUUUAAUGACACCAGGUGUCCAAUUUAAUUCAACAGGUGAUAAAAUGGGUCAACAAUACAAUACUCCAGAAUAUAUUAUUAAAGAAAAAAAUACAGAUAUCAUUAUUGUAGGUAGAGGUAUUUACCAAAACUCUCAACCAAAAACUGAAGCCAUUAAAUACAGAGCUGCCUCAUGGAAUGCCUACGAGUCAAAAAAUUUUAAUUAA